CCACUGCCUUCACACGUGAAGCCUUCGGCGUCUCGGUUCGUUUGGUCAAUUGUAUUAAACCCUGAAGUCAAUUCUCGCCUUCCAUUUACAAAUAAUUAGUAAAUUAAAAUAGGUUUUGUUCAUUUAAAAUGUUCAGAUGAAUGCCGAUAGCGUCAGGGGUAGUAAACUUUGGUGUGUGUUAGUUACGUAACGGUUCCGGGGAAAAUCAAUAUCCGAGUGGUAUUAAUAGCAGGGUUGAGAACAGCUGGCCGGUAGCCAGCCAUGCAGCCUUCGAGGAUGCGUCGGCCUCGUCGCCACCGAUGGCUGGUGGUGUCAGUGUUCUUCAUUGCAUAUUCCGUCUUCCAAGCCGUAUUGGGUAAACCCUCCGAGCCUGGACCUUCUCCAGCUAGUGACAUAGUUUCGCCAGCAGUUACACGCCUGACUACAGAACAGAAAGAAGUGGAACAAAAAGUAACACCAGCAAUAAUAAGCAAAGAAGAGGAAAUAAAAGCUACAGAGGGAGGGAAGAAAGUAAUGAAGGGCCUUCACGAAGAAGAAGAUGAUGAAGGUGAAAAGAAAAAACAAAAAGAUGCCGGCUAUGUUGACGACAAAGAGACAGAAGAGAUCCGGAAAGAGGAGAAAUUGGAAGAAAUGGAAGAAGCAAUAGCUACUGUACAUCCACUUAGGAAUUGUACUCCUCCCGCAAUUGAGCAGUUCCCGCAUCCGCUCAUGAGUCAGAACGCUCGAAAGCAUGGUGGUCUGAUCCUUCACGUCAUCGUGGCUGUUUUCACGUUCAUCGGUUUAGCCAUUGUCUGUGACGAGUACUUUGUAAGCAGUCUUGACAGAAUUUGCGAAGAGCUCAAGCUGACUCCAGACGUAGCGGGUGCAACCUUUAUGGCUGCGGGUAGUUCCGCACCAGAGCUCGCUACUGUUGUCAUAGGAGUAUUUUGCGCGCAAGAUGAUAUUGGUGUGUCGGGUGUCAUUGGCUCAGCUGUAUUUAACAUAAUGUUCGUGAUCUCUGUUUGUGCUUUAUGCGCUGGUACAGUUUCUCACCUCAACUGGUGGCCACUAUGCCGCGAUUGCUUUUUCUACGCCAUUUCAAUUUUGGUGAUGCUGUGCACCAUCGCAAACAAUUAUGUUUCCUGGCCGGAAGCUUUAUUCAUGUUGAUAAUGUAUGCCGUAUACUGCGUGGCUUUGCGGUUCAACACCGCAUUAGAGGCGUGGGUGUUAACUUGGCCAUUACCUUUCAAACUACCAACGCGGGAAGAACAGGCAGCACUCGUCACAUACAAGAGCGGAGUACCAGCUCCGGUGCCUGGUGGCACUUCGCCGUACACCAACGUGGAAGGAGAACAAAAGGAAUCACCAUCCGAACCAGCCCCGUAUAACCCUAGCGGUGCAUAUGAGAAUGCCGCGUAUCACGCUGAGCAGGCUCCCGUUUGGGACCCCAACUCCACUUGGGACCCUAACAAUGCCUGGGACCAGGAGACAGCGAUGCAACAAAAUCCAUCAAACCAAGGCUGGGGUGCGACGAACCAACAACAGCAGCGGCAACAACAACAGUCUGCACAGACUCCAUCAACACCCGGACAGGAGCAACAGCCACAACAAACACAACAGCCCGCAGUUCCUGCUUACUAUAAAGCAAAGGAUUACAACCCUGACACAGCCGUCAACCCACUUGUUAAGCCAGAAGGAGCAAAUCCGGUACAACUAGUCUGCUGGUAUGUGGCCUUCCCCGUCCAUUGGACAUGCCGGCACACGAUGCCUGACCACCGUGGGCCCUGGUACCCGGUCACCUUUAUCAUCUCUAUGCUGUGGAUCUCUUUCUACUCCUACUUCAUGGUCUGGAUGAUCACUGUUAUUGGGUACACUCUUGGAAUCCCAGAUACAGUAAUGGGACUGACAUUUGUAGCAGCAGGUGUUUCGGUACCUGAUGCAUUAUCCUCGCUGGCUGUUAUUAAGGAGGGCUAUGGUGAUAUGGCAGUAUCAAACGCAGUUGGGUCCAAUGUUUUUGACAUUUUGGUAUGUCUUGGCUUGCCGUGGUUCAUUCAAACAGCCAUCAUACAACCUGGAAGUCACGUAAAUGUCAUCAGCAAAGGUCUGAUAUACUCUACCCUAUCGCUAUUCUCUACGGUUAUCUUCUUGGUGCUUGCAACACACGCCAACGGUUGGAAGCUAGAUCGCAAAUUUGGGGCAGUCCUAAUGGUAUGGUACUUACUUUUCAUCACGCUCGCUAGUCUCUACGAGUUAAAUAUCUUUGGAGACUUCCACCCGCCAGACUGUCUAUCAACUUAUUAAGUCCAAAAGUCUCAUCCAAAACUUUUGAUUUAAGGCGAAUUGACUUGGCCGGUACCUAUGCGACAUCAUAUUCGUCCAUCUUACAAAAUAACUAACGAGCGGUUAGCGUCUAAUUGAAUAUUAAAUAUGAUUUAUAGACUAUCAUUUCACAAUAACCGUUAAGCUGAUUGUGAAAUGCACUCUAUAUUAUUUGAUGACUGUUCUGGAACAAAGUGGAUUGAGUACUUUUAUGUAGUCAAAUUAAGGGUGUUAAAACGAAACUUGACACUGUGAACUAACUUUAUAUUUUUUGAUAUUGAGAUAGUGAUUUCAUUACAUAGUAAUACUCGUUAGAUAUUCAUUAUUUUAAAACACGAUUUAUUAAUCAAUAAUAAUUGCAAGUCAAUAUUUGUUUACACAACAAAUCAUGAUCUGAGUUGUAUGUAUCAUACGGGCUAGUAUAAUUCAUUCAACAUUCGGGCUAAAGUAAUUCAGAAUUCUAAAGUUAGGUAUAUACCAGCUUUGCGUGCUUGACUACUAGUGUAUUUUUAAUUUAUACAUGUAAAAGUGUUUGGGCAAUAUCAAAUUUGUGUGUAACUGUUUCACUUUAAAACAAUUUGAAUUUAUAUAAAUGUGUAUUGUCUACUAUAAUGUUUUAUCGACAAUAAUAGUUAGUAAUUAUUUUUUAUUAAUAUUAAUUGUAAAACACAUAAAGUAUGGAAAUAUCAAUUUGAAAUUUAAAGUUUAACAAUGUGAUGUUUCUUUAGAGUAGUUAGUGUUCCCAUAUUAAUUGUAACCUAAACAUUCACUCAUACAUUGCUAUAAGUUUAUCAUAAUAUGUGAUACAAUAUUUGAACGUACGCGUUCUUAAUAGUAUAUCAAGUAAGCUCAAUCAUGUCCCUUAUCAAGUGGCAUAAGAUCCUGGAACGACUAUAGUUUUAAUAUGGGAACCGAUUAGAUAUUUACCUAUGUUCGCACAAAAUGAAGAGUUAUUUAUUUACACUACGAGACAACAUUUACAGAACAUACUCAGAAAUUAACACAUCGACAAAAGACGAAUUAUAUUAUGCUACCAGACAAUAUAUUUUUAUUUAUCAAAUAAUUGGCCUGUACCUAGUACCUGUAUUAUAUACAAUAUGUACAUAUUACUUUCGAAAUUUAUUCAGUUUUAGCGUAUAUUUAAAGCGUAUUUUCUACCUCAUGAAAAUAAUUUUACUUUACAGUUUUAUGUAAAUUUGGAAAACUCUUAAUUCAGUACACUGAAACCUCAUAUUAAAUUUUAAAAACAUAAGAUUAUCAUAAAAAUCAUGUAAGUUGAGUUUAUUAUGAAUGAAUAACAAAUAAUAAAAAAAAGUAUUUGCGAUUAGCCUAUCUUACCCAUCGUUAUAGGCAUAUAUAAAUAUUUGAAUAAUUUAAGUCUAUAAGGCUCUCACUAUCCCAACACUACGUACCUACACAAGAUCUAAUAGUAUAGCUUUAAUGUGUAGACGCAUAUAAUGUUCUUGUUAUUCAAUCAAAUGUAUCUUCGAAUAAAAAUAUGUUACAUGUUACCUUAUUAAAUUUAAAAGCUUGUGUUGUAUCUAAAAGCUCCUUGAUAAACUUAAAUAGUUGUAAUUUUUUUUGACAAUAUGAUUUCUAAUAUAGGUGUAUUAGGAAAUGCUAGGUAGCUCAAUAAAAUUUAAGUUGUAGUUUAUAUAUAUGUUAUUGGUAUAUAAUCGUUUGUCUAUGUAUCUGCUAGUACUCAUCGUAAUUAAUGUGUGUAUAUUAGUAGUUAUGGUGAAUGUUGUGUAACAUGUAUUACAUUUAUAAAAUUUAAAUUAUCCUGUUUAAAGACCAACGUUUAGCUUUAAAACGGCAAAUGUCAACUGUCAAUGCGCUAUUUAAAUAUAUUAUGUUCGCUGCCAUUGCCGUGGUUUCAAAAACUCACUUUUCUUCUACACACCCCAUAGCUGUGAUUUAGGUAUAUCUUUAGGUUUGGUGGUGAUCUGUUGAAAAUAUAAAUCGAAGUAGUCCUUCUUCGACGUAAUAAAAAAAAAUUAAGUAAGUUUAUAUCAUAGGUCAUCCCAAGAACAAGUAGAAAAGUUCCUUAUCUAUCAGAUGUCAAUUAAAUUUAUCGUAGAAACGUCACGUGUUUGAAAAAUAUUCUGUUCAAAACUUUAAUUUAAAUAUUUUUAAAUGUUAAUCUUUCUUAUAAAAUGCCAUGUUAUAAAAGUCAAUUACAGUUAAUAAAGAAAAUAUCACAUUCUUCACAUCUCGUUAACGAUCUCAUGUCAAGUCAAUAACUUAUUUUUUAAUUUUUCAAAUGUUCUUGAUAAAGUCCAUUUUCCGGUUUGUAAAUUAAUAGGAAAAAAAGAAUUCUUUUUCUUUGUAGAGACGCAAUCGCACUGCCUAGAUAUUGUAGAGUGCUAUUUUGUAUUUAACAAAUACAUCAAUAGGAACAAACAUCUUGUACAUACGUUCUAGUAAAAUAGCUUUAUUAAAGCGUUCUACAAUAGACGUCCAGAAUAAUUGUAAAUUAUAUUGGUCUUUCUCAUUACCUGUUUGGUAACAUUACAAGUACUAUUAUUAUUUUAAAUGUUUGUUUCAUAUAAUUUGUUUAUUUAUCAAAUAAAUACUCGCCAUUUAAUAUUUUUUUUAAUAAUUAAUGCCAAAUACGAUCUAUACGAGUUUAAAUAAAAUGGCGGCUGACAAUGACAUUAGUUACGCUAACUCUACGUAAUUUAUAAGUGUUGUAACUGCGCAGAAUCUAGUCAUUAUAAUUUAAUAAUCAUUAGCAUUUUUAACGCAUCUUGUAGAUUAUAUUUAAAGACUAGUCACUUGUUUAGCUCUUAAAUCUUUGUUAUCUCUUCAAAGUUUAUUAUCUUUAGUACCUUUUUCACAAUAUUCAUGUAGUAAAAUAUUGCUAAUGUUAUAUAUAUAGUCAUUGAAUAUAAAGAUUAUCUAGUGAUGAAAAAACCAGCUGUUUAUUUUACUUCCUACUAAUGAAUGUUUAUAUUAAUAACUCGGUGGUAUUAUGUCUGCAUAUAGAUUUACUACGUAGCGUAAUUGUAGCUUUUUGUAGUUGCAUUAUGACGUCAUUGAGGUGCAGGUAUAAUGAGCAGAAGUAACCUUUAAAAACAAUAUGAAAAUUGUGAAAUUGGUUAAAUAUUAUGAUGUAAUAGAUUUUAUAGAUAUAAGAACAGAGUCCGACGGAAAUUUCUCAACGAUUCGUAGUGGAUUUAUUAACACUUCUAUUUGUUAAAUUUUAUACCGACUUAUACUACUCACCUUCACUUAGACGACGCUUUUAAUUACAAGAUCGACAUGUAGCUUUGGCUUUAAUAAGGCUGUAAGCUUGGUAUGCGUAUGGUUAUCUUCAAAUUUACAAUAAAGUCUGAAUCGAGCAAAUAAACCACAAAACUUGUUAAUUUUUCCCUUUUGAAAUAUAAUCCACUUUUGGUUUAAUUUAACUUUAUAAGGGGUAAAGUGUCAUCUGACGUAUGUAACGUCAGUCAAUACUAAAUUUAUUUUUUUCCAUUACGAAAGAUUUCUAUUAUGCAAGAGUGAAACUAUGUACAGAGAUGAUAUGUAGGUACAAAUUUUGGAGAAUUCUGGCCUUGAUUUAACAUGACCUAUUUAUGAAGCGUCGUGUUUGUGGAGCCUUAUUCCCAAUAUAAAUAUCUAAAGUAAUCAAUAGUUUUAUCGAAUGUGGUUAGUGUUAGAAACUUUAGUGUGUAUAAAGCCUAAUACUCUCAUUUGUUUAAAGUCCUCAGACCUGUUUGAAUUUAUUGUUAAAUACUGUAAGUAAUAUG